CCUAAGGCUAACACUAUUCUCCAUUUUCUUUAUACUGUUUUCUGGGUAAUAUCACAUAGAUGGAAAAUGAAGAUGGCUAUAUGGUAUUGGAUUACAGGAAUAUUUUAAAAUCCAGACAGAGGCCUAAAGAUUUCUCCCUGUAUCCACGAUAUCAUUGUCUUAUGCUAGUAUUUGGCUGUAUUGGGUUCCUUAUUUUCAUGAUCACACUGAUUUGCCUGAACUUUUGGGAUAAAAAAAUGGAUUUCUCCCAGAAAGUAAAUAUCAGCCGUCUAGCAGGAAAUAAUUAUUUGUGCCCAAAAGACUGGCUACUGAACCAAGAGAAAUGCUACAAGUUUUCAAUUUCUUCUAAAACUUGGAAUGAGAGUCAACACGAUUGUGCAAAUCUACAGGCACAUUUACCAGUGAUCCAAACUCUGAAUGAGCUGGAGUUCAUACAGAAGACUUUAAAACCUGGAAAUCCUGGUUGGAUUGGACUACAUAGUACAUCCCCAGGAAAACAAUGGAUGUGGAUAAACAAACACCUUUUUGUGGAGCAAAAUGAUUUUCUCAUGAUUGGACCAACGGAUCACGAGAGCUGUGCUGUCGUAACAGGAAAGCAGGUAUAUUCUGAAGACUGUAACUCCAAAUUUAAUGGCAUUUGCCAAAGAGAUGCUGUCUGAACAACGAAAACAAAUCUGUGCAUUUAAAUAAA